AUGUCAUUAUUAUUUUCAGACGAAAUCGAUCAAACUGAGGAGUUAACCCAUUUAAUUUUUCAAUGGCUCAAUGAAAAAGGUUAUUCACAAACCAUUUCAAGUUUAGAAAUAGAAAGUGCAACACAACAAAAUCCAUCUGUUGUUAAAUUUGGAGGUCAAUUGGAAUAUAUUUAUAACGAACAUAAAGAAUUACAAGCUUCAAUGAAAACUGAGGAUACUCUUUUAGAUGAAGACCCAGACCUUAAUGAAUUAGGUGAUGGUGUUGUACAUCAACAUUUACAUGACACUUUAGGAUCAGUACAUAGUGCAAAUAUAUUAUGUUCAAGAUUUAGUCCAUUCAAAGACAGCAAUUUAAUCAUUACAGGUUCAACAGAUAAAUCUAUCAAGGUUACAAAUUAUGCAACCAAAUCUUUAGUUAAUGAAUUAACUGAUGUCGCAACUGGUGCAAUUAUAUCUUUAGAUUUUAAUCCAGUCAAUCCUGAAUUAUUAUUGGCAUCAUCAAUGGAUGGUAGUCAUUCACUUAUUAAAGUUACAAAAGAAGGUGAUAUUGAAUUACUUCAAAAAUUCAAAGAUCAUAUUAAAUAUGUUGUUUGUGUCAGAUGGAGCCCAGACGGUAAAAAAUUUGCAACAUCAUCUUAUGACAAAUCAGUUGGAUAUUAUGUUGAAGACCCAAAUAACCAAGGUCAAUAUAUUUUAGAAAAAGUUUGGAAUUUUACAGCUACUAUCGAAUCAAUAAUUUUCACACCAGAAUCAAGCCAUAUUAUUGCAGCAGUUCGUGAAUCAAACUAUAUUCACUAUUUAAAUACCGACAGUGAUUCAGGAUAUAACAUCGAUCGUUAUAAUAUGAAUUCAAAUGGUGAUGACCACGUCAGUUUUUCAGCAUUAGAAUUUUCAAUUACACCAUGCAAGAAAUAUUUAUUAGUCAGUACUGAUCGUAAUCGUCUUAUUCUCUUUAAAUUAUACUCUGAUAAACAACUUCGUAAUUUCUAUGGUGCAACUAACGAAUUCUUUGUAACAACUCGUAAUAUAAUCUGUCCAUCUGGUAAAUAUGUGUUCUCUACUUCACAAGAUAACUUAAUCUACGUUUGGGAAGUUGCCAAUCAAAAAAUAAUUGCUAAAUUAGAUGGUCAUAGAUCUUCCAUUAGAGACCUUUGCUUUUCACCCGAUAAAAUGUUUUUAGCAUCAUGUGGUUUCGACAAAAAAGUUAAUCUUUGGUCAAAAUUUUCAUCAUUGGAUAAUUAA